GAGACACGUUGAUCUGGAAGGUACUCCGUAGAGCUACGGAUUACUCCGUUAUUAACGAUUUCCAAGCUCCCGGGCCCAAUAUUCCUCGCCCACCCAAGAGCAGGUAGCUCGAUCCCGCGAAUCGCGUCGCCGUGACGCCAUUCACUCGAGCAAAUGUCGACGACUUGGAAUCGCUAGAAUCUCGAUGACUGGCUAGUUAUUCCAUUGACUAGUGAAGCGCGGUUGGCUCAACGCCGUCUCCUCGGCGAUCGCACACAGCAAGGCAACGCCGAACACACCAUCAGCGUCCUUGGGUAGCAAUUGCGGCCAAGAUGGGAAUCAUGUUUCUCGGAAAUGAAGAGUUGGGCAAGAAGGAUGAUGACCACACGCCGACCAAGCUUCCCUUGGUCCGACCACGAUGGAAUGCCGCGCCCAGGCCCCCCAGAGGCAAGCUCGUGAAGCGGCUCGCCAUUGCCUUCGUGCUUGGGCUCUUCGUCUACAUUUUCAUCAGCAACCUACCGACAGACGUUCCAAUUCGUGAUCGACGCCAUCCCGUGUAUCGUCCGGCAUUCGACUCAGGGAGCCCUGGUGCGCCGAAGCCGAAGCCGAAGCCAAAGUCCGGCUGGGGGCCCCAUCGGCCGAGCUUCCUGACACCAGGCUCUCCCAGCGAGGACUCCGCGUCAUCUUCGUCGGCCUACAACGGGCCGCUAUUAUUUGAAAAACUGCUCCCGUCGCUCCAAGCCAUCCACGGCACCGGAGGAGCCUCUCCUAUGAACAAGAAUAUCCUGUUCGCGGCAGCUAGUUUGAAGAGCGCUGCGCUGCUGUUGCCCAUGGCGUGUCAGAUGGGGGAUGAGCAGAGGAACCAUGUACACUUUGCGCUUGUUGGCGGGAGCGACAUCAAUAUGAAGCGGCUACAGGCCCUCAAUGGCAUCGACGAGUCGUGCCAAGUUAUCUUCCACGGCAUGUGCAGCCCUUACUAAGGCACUCUCGAGAAGGGUUCGGUCG